GUGCCCUCGAUGGUUUGACACCUCUAUUUCAAUAAAUAAAUAAAAGAAAUAAAAUGAGCGAGGCUGCUGUGGCUGCGCCUGUGCCUGUUGAGCCAGAGGCCAGUACCGGGAAAAUGGUGGCCAACAACAAGAUACACUUCUCCAAGGAGGUGAAACAAGUCAUCGACAAGGUCCUUAAAACGGAGGAUCCCAUGGACGCACCGGACUUCAAUACCGUGGACUACAUCAAUCAGCUGUUCCCCAACGAACAGUCGCUGGUGGGCAUCGAUGAGACCAUCCAGAAGAUGCAGUGCGAGGUCUCGCUGAUAGACGACAACAUUCGGUCGGUGGUGCGCGGACAGACCAAUACGGGACAGGACGGACAGCUGGCACUGUGCGAGGCACAGAAGGUCAUCAGUUCGUUGUUCAGUCACAUUAUUGACGUAAAGACACGGGCGGAGCGCACGGAGGAGAUGGUCAAGGAAAUUACGCGCGACAUCAAGCAGCUGGACUGCGCCAAGCGGAACCUCACCUCGGCCAUUACCACGCUGAAUCAUCUGCAUAUGCUGGUGGGCGGCAUCGAGAGCCUCAACACGCUGAUUGAGCGGCGGUCCUACGGGGAGAUUCUGAAUCCCCUGCAGGCCAUCACAGAGGUCAAUCAGCAUUUCCAGCAGUUCUCCGACAUUGAGGAAAUCAAGAAUCUCUCGCAGAGCGUGGACAAAAUACAGGUGACAUUGGCGCAGCAAAUCAGCGAAGAUUUCAAGGAGGCGUUCGCCUCCAGCAAGCCCUCCGGCCAGAGCCAUCAUCGUUUGGGACUGAAUCAACUGGGGGAUGCCUGCAAGGUGAUGUCCGUUCUGGACCCCAAGGUGAAGAAGGAGCUGCUCAAGUGGUUCAUUGCCCAGCAGCUGGAGGAGUACAUGCAUCUGUUUCACGAGAAUCAGGACAUAGCCUGGCUGGACAAAAUUGACAAGCGAUAUGCCUGGCUCAAGCGGCACCUGCUGGACUUUGAGGACAAGUACGGAGCCGUCUUUCCGCUGGACUGGGAGGUUUCGGAGCGCAUCACCGUCGAGUUCUGUCGGCUGACGCGCGACCAGCUGUCGCAGAUCAUGGCCAAGCGGAGCAACGAGAUCGAUGUGCGGCUGCUGCUGUUUGCCAUCAACAAGACGCAGGCCUUCGAGCAGCUGCUGUCGAAACGCUUCACGGGCGUUACUCUGGGUGCCACGGCUGCGGAACAGGCGCGCGUCUUGGUGCAGCCAGCCGCUGGUGCAGAUGCGCCAGGCGCCGUCACUGUGUUCCACGACCAGAUCGGGCAGUGCUUCAAAACCCACCUGGACAUCUACAUACGCAGCAUCGAUCGGAAUCUGUCCGAGCUGAUGGACAAGUUCGUGGAGAUGUCCCGGGAGCCGUACAAGUUCGCCGAGGCCAAGACCACCGUGUACCCAAGCUCUGGGGAUCUCUUUGUGUUCUACAAGAAGUGCAUGGUGCAGUGCAAUCAGCUGAGCAACGAGCAGCCCAUGUACGACCUGGCUCUGGUGUUCAAGAAAUAUCUGCGCGAGUAUGCCGUCAAGGUGCUCGAGGGCAGCACACCCAAGCUCGUGCCGGCCACCACCAGCAGUUCCAUUGGCAAGAGCGUCUCGCUGCUCACGCGCGACAUGCAAAAUCUGUCGACGGCCGCUGGCCAAGUGUUCCACAAUUUCUUGAAGGAGGGCGACACGCAACGAUUCACACGCGACGAUCUCGUGCGGAUCUGCUGCGUGCUGACGACAGGCGAGUACUGCCUGGAGACGGUCCAGCAGCUGGAGGACAAGCUGAAGGAGAAAGUCACCGCUGGCUAUGUGGCCAAGAUCGAUAUGAGCGAGGAGAAGGAUGUGUUCCAUCGAAUAAUUUCGAACUGCAUUCAACUGCUGGUUCAGGAUCUGGAGGCUGGUUGCGAGACCUCGCUGCAGGCCAUGGCCAAGGUGCAGUGGCAGCACAUCAACAAUGUGGGCGAUCAGAGCGCGUUCAUCAACAGCAUCUGCGGCAACUUCAAGCAGACAGUGCCCACCAUCCGGGACACGCUGGCCAGCUCCCGCAAAUACUUUACGCAGUUCUGUCACCGCUUCGUGGCCGCCUUCAUACCCAAGUUCAUCAAUGUGCUGUACAGAUGCAAGCUCACCCUAUCCGAUGGCUCCAACAAUGUGCUGGGCUGCGAGCAGCUGCUCCUCGACACGCACUCGCUGAAGACGGCGCUGCUGGAGCUGCCGUCGGUGGGGUCGAGUGUGAACCGCAAGGCGCCCACCAGCUACACCAAGGUGGUGGUCAAGGACAUGACGCGUGCCGAAAUGAUCAUCAAGGUGGUGAUGACGCCCGUCCAGCCGCCGGCACACUUUACGCAGCAGGUGCUGAAGCUGCUGCCGGACAUCACCAUUGCCGAGUAUCAGAAGAUACUCGACAUGAAAGCGGUCAAGCGCGUGGAUCAGCUGCAGCUGAUAGAUCUCUUCAAGCACACGGCAUCGGCGGCAGCGGUCAGUGGCCUAAUCGAGCCAGCGGCCAGCGGUGACGAGGACACAGAUCAGACGCUUGCGUCCGGCACUGUGGACGAUGCGGAGCCCUCAACUGCCACAGGUGAUUCAGCAGCAGCAACAACAACAACGACGACGACGAUGGCGACAACGGCUUCGUCGGCCACACCCAAGCGUGCCUUCAUCUUCAGCGUGGGCAGCUUUACGGGCAGCGCGGACAAGAAUGCCGAUGGCAGCAGUCAGACGGGCAUACGAAAGCUGGAGAGCUUGCUAAAGAAACGUUUUCCCUAGUCGAUCAGACCAACGCGGGGAGUUUGACACAUCAUUCCAUUAAGUUCUAGCAGCCACAUUGAGUUUGAUUCGCCUGUAGACUUAACUUAGCACAACCAAAAAAAUUUCCCGAAAUUUAAAUUGGAUUUUCGAAGUGCUUUAUUUGUCCUCUGGUAGUGCUGCGAAGCUCGCCACAUACAUAUAUAUUAAAAUAUGUUUACCAUGUCCAGAUGAUUCUUAGCACAUUUUAAAUGCUUCUGUCUGCACUUUGGCGGCUCCUCCUCUCUCCCUUUUAGUUGACAAUGAAAGUUCUCUAAAGUUUCUUUUUCUUCGAAUUAUUGUAGAUUUUAUUUUAAUUUUUAUUGUAGUUUUUGACUGCUUAGUGGAUAGACACAAACUGAUCUCCUCUGACUAUGCUGUAAGUUCAUGGUACUAAUGACUAAUGUAUCCGCUGGCUUAGUGGCUACAACUAGAACUAGGGCUGCGGCUUGUGGCGUCUCCGUUUCGUAUGCUAUGUACAUGCAACUUAUUCUAGCGUAACUUGAUUUCUGGUGUGCGUACGAUUCUAGUUUGAAGAUCUUUUGAAAGUGUUCGCGCAGCUGGCGCGCAGAAAAUACAAAAAAUCCCUAAAAACAAAAGACUUAAAACACAAACUUAGGACAUAGGCUAAUGGAUAGAUUACAGCUAUAUAAAUGUAUGUAUGUAUGCUUUGGUUUAAUUCCAGCACUGCAAUAAUCUUAAUUCACGUAUCUGAAGC